AUGUCCCUUACAUUGGUGGUCAAUGGGAAGAAUGUCCCUUACAUUGGUGGUCAGUGGGAAGAAUGCUCCUUACAUUGGUGGUCAGUGGGAGAAUGCUCCUUACAUUGGAGGUCAAUGGGAAGAAUGCCCCUUACAUUGGAGGUCAAUGGGAAGAAUGUCCCUUACAUUGGAGGUCAAUGGGAAGAAUGCCCCUUACAUUGGAGGUCAAUGGGAAGAAUGCCCCUUACAUUGGAGGUCAGUGGGAAGAAUGCCCCUUACAUUGGAGGUCAGUGGGAAGAAUGUUCCUUACAAUGGAGGUCAGUGGAAGAAUGUUCCUUACAUUGGAGGUCAGUGGGAAGAAUAAUCCUUACAUUGGAGGUCAAUGGGAAGAAUGCUCCUUACAUUGGUGGUCAGUGGGCAGAAUGCCCUUACAUUGGAGGUCAAUGGGAAGAAUGUCCCUUACAUUGGAGGUCAAUGGGAAGAAUGUGCCCCUUACAUUGGGGGUCAAUGGGAAGAAUGUCCCUUACAUUGGGGGUCAGUGGGAAGAAUGUCCCUUACAUUGGGGGUCAGUGGGAAGAAUGUCCCUUACAUUGGUGGUCAAUGGAAAGUAUGCCUUCCCUUUGGGUAGGU